AAUUCCCUUCUUCCACGCAAUUAAGAGGAACUACCACAAGCAGCUCUAUCCAUCUCUCUCGCUUUCAUCAAACCCCACAGACCUAAUUAAUUGGAGAAAGAGGUUGAUUUAGAAAUGGAUGCUGGUUCAUGGAGUGCUCGUCUUUCUUCAGCUUCUAAGAGAUAUCAAACAGCUCUUCAAUCACGAUCUGAUAUGUUUAUGGGGUUUGAAGAAAUAGAUGGAGUAGAUGAUAUAAGAGAGGAAUUUCCAUGCCCUUUUUGUUCUGAGUAUUUCGAUAUCGUCGGCUUGUGCUGUCACAUUGAUGAUGAGCAUCCUGUGGAGGCUAAAAAUGGGCGCAAAAGGAAAUCACGUAAAGGUGGAUCUCAUUCAACACUUUCUCUUCUGAGGAGAGAGCUGCGAGAAGGAAACCUACAGUCCCUCUUUGGGAGUUCUUCUUGCAUAGUGUCUUCAUCCAAUUCAGCAGCUGAUCCUUUGUUGUCUUCAUUUAUUUUGCCCAUGGUUGAUGAUUAUGUUAGUGUUCACCCUCACUUUUCUAGCGAAACAAGCACAACUAAGAAAAGUUCAGAUGUGAAUAAGUCGGAAAGAAAUGUCCAGUCAUCUCCUCUUUCAGUCAAGGAUCAGAAAGAGAAGGCAAAAAGAUGUGAGUUUGUCAAAGGGCUGCUGUUGUCCACGAUUCUUGAUGACAUUUGAUGAAGAGCAUUCUGCCCUCCUUUUGGUCACUGCAAUUGUGGACCUUAAUCCCUCAUGGACAUUGGGUUCAUGGCGAAGAGCCCUACAACCUGUGGUUGUUACGCUGUUUGUAGUGAAUAUGUUGAUGUAUUAAGCAAAAUGUUGAAAUAAGGUGUAGGAAUGACUGUAAUUUUAGUUUUUAUGCCUGAUCAUGAUUUCCGCUUCACCUUUUAUUUCAGUUUAUGAUAAUAUCAAAAAGAAGAAAAAUGAUUUAAUGA